AUGGUGUCGCAGUCGUGCCAACACCCAGUGCCAAAUUUCCGUGGUGCAGGCUUAUUGUCACCCUGCUGCGGGACAAUGCCACCGAACAUCAACGAUAACAUAAAUCCUCGCUGUUACACACAUCGCUUGAUCGGAUUGGUUCAACGCCGGUUACCACCGACAUCGUCUACUAGCUUUCUCCUCCCUUCCGUAAUCAGCAGAGUUUUCCAUUUCCUCGUCAUAGUACCUCCCUCCAGUCUGGGGUCCAAGACUUUUCGUUCUCCCGUGGUCACUAAAAGCGCGGGGAGCCGACAGAAGCGAGAGACCCCUGUUCGCUUAGAUGGUAUCCCUGAAAACUUUACACAAUUUACAGGGUUUCGCCACUGCUUAUAG